UUGAAGAGAUGGAUCUCAAUGUGAUCCGACUGAGUCACUGUCAGAAGGAGAUCUUCUGUUUCUCGGUGCCGGAGGAGUGUCCAAGCUGUGGGGAGGAGCUGAGGGGGAGCAGACUGCAGGAGGCACCUGUCAGCCUCCCCUCCCCCCUCAGCAACGGACACAAGACCUCCUGCUGUCUGCUGGUCGCACCUGCACACGACAACCACAACAGAGAGUUUGAUGGGACAUCAGAUCUGCAUACUGGUAUCUCCAACACUUCAGGAGUAGUGUAUAACUACACCUGUGGAGGUGUUGGUAGAGAUCAGAGCGGGUGGGAGCGCUGCGUCAGUGUCCCUCUGGUCCGACCCGACAUGUUCCACCUGCUGGCUCAGUGGGACCAGUACCUGGACCGCUUCUCUGAGGGGUCCAUGUGGGACCCCGCCUGGCACAGGUUCGAUGAGGAGCACCAUAACUGCUUCACUUUCUGUCUUCAGUUCAUUAACAGUGUCCUGGCAGCAGAGGGGCGGAGCUCUCUGAGCAGAGAGACCUUCACUCACAGCUUCAUCCUGCCGAGGAUGAGGAGGGUCACCAAAUACACCACGCUGUACCAGCACAUACAGAAACAUCGGUACUACAUGGUGGACAGACAGGAGGACAGACAGGAAGACACAUCGGAUAAACCAGGCUUAUUCUAGUCGGUUCUGUUUCUUGAAGGAAGUUUAAAUGACUGGUGUCUCCACUGUGAGUCUUAGCUGCACUUGAGUAUGAAACAGUGUUACAGUCAAUAUGUUGGACUGACACACAGUUCAAUAUAAAGUAUAAAAAUAUAUAAUGUAAUUAAGUAAACUGUUCAUGUAUAAUUAAUCACAUUUUGACCUGCACUGCAGUUAAAAUCUGAUCUCAUGUUUCUUUAAUAUCUUGACAGUAUUUGAUUCAACAUGUGGCCUUUUUUUAUAAUAUGUAAAGCAAUUGUAGGUAAUUAAACAUUCUUUUUACUAUAUGGUAUAUAUUUUAUAUCACUGCUAUAAUGGAGAACUUUGGUAAAAUGUUCAUUAUUUUAUUUUGGGUGACCUAUCUAAGUUUAAAUGUAUAUUGUAGCUAACAUAAAAAGUUGUCAUUACACGUACAGGACUCAAACAACAAUAAGAUCACAGCAGGGCUACAACAUGAUGACCUAAAUACAACACAUGAGUAUGAACAUGUGGAUUUAAACAGCAUCCUAUGUGUGAGCUACAUGUAAGAGUAUAAAUACAUAUGUGCAUAUGUUGUGUGGGUACAUGUAUGUUUCUCUUGUAUUAACAUGUUUAGGCUGUGAAAACAGAUUGUCUUAUUAAUUAAAAGGGAAAUAAUGUAAAUAUAUAAUAUAAAUAACAUAAUCUCAAACUGUAUUGAUGUGCAGAUAUAAACAAAUGUUUUGCUCUCAUAAGAAUACUUGGAAACCCUUCUAAUAGAUCAACAACUAUUUAGUUGAGAUGACUCAUUUAACGUUUAAAUUUCAUUGAAAAACAAAAAAACAUUCCCUGAGACUUCCUCAUCGUCAUUUUUCAAGCUGUACUCAGACAGGAUGCAGUGUUAUUACAUGUUAUUUGUCAUCACCUGGGCUUCUUUCUCUCCUUUGCCCUGUUUACCAAAAUGUCUUCACCUUACUGACCUCUGCAUUCAGAUAACUCUGGUUUUAUUUGUUUAUGUCUGUGCUGUUUCAACAGAAAUACUGCAGCU